AUGGCUGUAUUCAAUCAACAUUCCCAAUCUGCGUCUGAGGAUCUGAUGAAGUGUUCCAAGAUGCCAGACGACUUCGCGUUGACCCCACAAAGGCUGACGUUAGGACUAAUGGUGGUGGAGAGGAACGGCGAGCUACAGAAUGACCCAUGGGCAUACCCAGUCCCGCUCUCCGAAUCCACUUUGCCGCCCUUUAUAGCCGCCAUAUUGGCUGAGACUCUCCUCUACGGGCAACAGCAAGACGCUCCUGACGAAGGCGUACCCGAAGUUCUUGCUACAUGUGACGAACAACUUGAUCGCCGAUACUCUCCUCCGGGGAUACCGCUGGUAAUAGGGACAGCCUUCGGAUACAUCAGCAUGGGGACGAAGUCUACUGGACUGAAGAUCUACAUCCCAGUUUACAUACUCAUCGUCCUUGUCUUGAACAACGCACUGACCCUGUUGACGGCGGGUCGGGUAUGGUGGAUUUCAAGACAAGUGCGGAGCUCGUUGGAGAAAGAGAGGCAGAGAGAUUAUACCGCUGCUGCAGCUAUAAUCAUAGAAUCCGGGGCCAUAUACAGCGCGUCCACAAUCUUAAUUUUGGCCGUAUGCAAGAAUCCGAGAUUACUUGUAAUUGCAGCUUGCAUUUCAAUUCGAACCGUCGUUGGUAUCCUCCCUCCUGUUGUGAUUGAUGAUUCUGACGACUGCGAUUCGAGUGCAUCAUGCCCAUCCUCAUCACGGUCCAAGUGGUGCUUGGGCGCUCUGCGAGAGAACUGGAAACAAUACUCACCGACAUAG